AUGAGAGCCGAACGAAUCGCGGCAGGGCUCCACUCAGGGUGGGCCGCCUUUAGCAGGGCCGCGAGGCCGCUGACGUGGGGGCACGACAUGGACGUGCCAGAGAUUAUGUUGAAUAAGACUCUGCGUUUGUCGAUAUCUAAGCCGGUGGGACCCUCAGCAUCUGUCCAUCCAGCUAGGAUGCUCACCCCGGGCGCAAUGAGGUCCGGUUUUAGGAUUUCGGGGGUGAUAAGGUUGGGUCCCCUAGAGCUGAAGGCUGCGACAACCGGGGAAGGCUUGACGUCCACCCUAGUUAUCCCUCGCAACAUAAUGGUGGCCUUGGCAUUGGAUCUAUAG